AGAAAAUUGAAGAGCAGACUUCCAUCAUGUAUAUUGGCGCUCCGCGCUACAAAAUCCAUUGGAAUUCUGCUUGAUGCGACAUGUCUCAGUCACGUACCAUUAAGGAUUACUUCAAGCGUCCUGCCUUCGCCCAAGACAACAAACUCCCCACCAACGCCAGCACCCCCGCGUUCAGUCAACCGUCACCAUUAAGCGAUCCACCGUCAGACCUCCCGUCACAUUUCCCAUCAUCCCAACAUUUACCAGACCCUAUCGUGGAACCUCAGGCAAAGGGCAGUGCACGUAGCCCCAAUCGGACCGUGCCGUCGUACAAUGGUGGCUAUACAUCCUUUCAACCAAGCUCUUCCCUCAAUGCCAAUUUCAACUCGCCGCAGCGGAUAGUCAAGAAUGGGAAAGAAAUUGUGAUUGACUCAGAUGCCGACGAUGCCAGCUCCGAUGAGUUUUUAGAGGCCGAUGAACUGUUGAAAAAGUUUCUAGGCACUGCAUCGUCUCCCUCUCGGAAGAACGCCACAGAUUCCCAUAAUGCCAGACCAACCAGUCCAUCAAAGUUAUCCAACCGGAAACGCAAUGAUGCUCGCAAUUUUCGGGCAAAAUUAAAGCUCGAGGAGAAGAAAUACAGAUUCAGUAUGGCGUCGUUAGUGACGAGCGCUGUGGACGAUGACGAGGUCGAAACGAAGGUGCUGAACGCUAAGGCUCUACUGGACAGCCAGAAUGAAACCACUUCGGCGUUAGCUGAAACUAAAAGCGGCGCACUGCGUGAAGAUAUAUUGGCAUCAGCACUCUCAGCUAAAAAUGAGGAAGUCGAUUUUCAGAGACUGGUAAAUGCGGUCAAGCGCACAGAGGCUCUUGAGCAAGAAAAGUCGUGGCGUUUCUUUAGUGAUGACUCGAAGAAGCAGGAUCUUCCCGAGUUUCCAAGAGACUCGAUCCUCCCUUCAUCUAGGGAGGCGUUUCUAAGGGAGUCUUUCACGCGUGAGAGAGCAUUUUUCUCGGGGAUCAUAGAUUUUUCACUAUCGAGAAAUGUACUGCCCGAUGAAGUUUUGAUUUGGAUUUUUCAGUCUGUAUCACUGGAACCGCGAGCAGAACUCAGAUAUGCGUAUUGUAGAGCAAUCAAGAGCACCAAGCGCGAGCGAAUUGAAUCGCUCAUUGGACCAGAAGACAUAGACCAGAUUUUCUUUAGUCUUGGUGGUCAUUCAACCGCAGUAAAUGCGAGUGAAAUAAUUCCAGAGAUUUUGUUUAAUCAAGGGGAAACGUCUCGGAAUUGGGGAUUUCUUUUAUCCGUACUUCAGAUGCUCAGGGAUAUAGCUGAUUGUCUACGUGCUGAUACGAAGGAACACACGUUAUAUGUCUUAUUUCGCUUAACAUUGGAUACUACCAUCUCAUACAAUGAUAUGGUCAUUGCAUCUUUAGAGGCAACAAUGGAUUACCUCCUUCAGAGUAUACCCCAGGAGAACUUUGGAAAUCUUGUACAACCGAUUGCUAGAACUCUAUUCAGGACGGUCAAAGACGUGACCUUUCAGAGCAAGCUACUAAACCAUAUUUUACCUUCAAUUCGUCAAAUCGCAAUUCUCAGAUGCCGCUUGGCAAUGGCAUUUCUGACCAAGGAUGAGUCUUGCCUUGAUGAUCUCAACGAACAAAUCAUUCCUUUGAGUCGAAUCAUCGACCAUUUACGCGCCACACGUUUGGAUGCUCAGUUGCAUAAAGCUCGAUUGGAUAGUGACUAUGAUUACACGGAAAUAAAGGCCAUCACAACUCUUCUGAAUAUUGUCAUUGAUACUGGACGAACCAUACAGGUCUUUCCUGACAAGGAAGCGGAACGUCAAUUCAACGCAGACGUUGAUAGUCUUGCAGAACAAGUGAAACGGAUAUUCAGCGCCAUGGAGGAUUCGGGAGCAUCUCAUCUGAAGCGAACAGAAGCCAAGCAGAGUCUUGAAGCUCUACAGUACCGAAUUAUAUACUCUAUCCGCACGAAACGGCGGAUUAAGUCGAUGUUUGGGCACAACAGCCCGAUGAAGAUACGUAAAUACUUUGAUGCACAACAACCUCGGAAAGAUCGUCCUGAUGAAUAGAGAACUGAUUUCGCUUUUUCGCACACAAAAAAAACUUUAUACCCUUUCUAAUCGCUCAAUUAAUGAUGAAUGAUAUGACUGCAAGGAUUUUACUGCUCACGAUGUUUGGUUACAACACUUUCAUCACGCAUUAAAACGUGAGCAGGACAUGUAUACGUAACACGACGGAUUAACAUUUUCAUAGUCUAUUGUUCAGUGUUUACACUCUAACUGGAAGGAUCGAUAAAAUUCGCCUAUGAACGAGAAAUAGUAUGGAAUGCAACUGAAACCACCUGAGAAAGUGAACAGUGGAAAGAUAUAUAGCAGAAUAGCAGCUGAACUGAUUAGUUCAUGUAAACAAGAAAAACAAUCGAUAAAUGAGAAAGAAGAAGGACAUGGUCUAAUAAUUUAAUCAUAGAACUUGCGAUUCGCAUUCUUUCCGAAGAGCGCCUCUCGGACAGCGGGCAAUGCAUCGAUCUCCAGAAGUCGCAGUCUCUCUUCGAAAGUAUUGUUGAUAUCGAUC